UGUAGGUCCGAUAAACACUAUCGGCCCUAUGGACUAGCCAACAUAUCUUUAAGAUUCGUCCUCAGUUGACGGGUAGGCUGUAAGGACGCGUAUUAAGGAAAUGUCUGGUGUUCAACGAGAUUUCCUUGAGCGUGCCCUAUCUAACGGUUUCCAAAGGUUGGGCCGAUCUCUGGCUAGAAAUCCAGCGCUGUACAUUUCCACCUCGUUUGCCAUUUCGUUGGGGCUGUUCAGCUUCGUCCUUCUUCCGCUGGUGCCUUACGAACCACUGCAAAGGCUUGUUCCUCCGUUGAAGUACUUGGAUGACCCCGAAUUCUUGUUCGCACCUGUGCACUCACGAGCAUACGAAGAAGCUCGUAUUAUCGCUGCGUCGUUCCCGACAAAUACAUCUUUGAAUUUCGACGUUGGAAGGGCGACGCGACACGAGGCAUUUGCUCGAGUGAUAAUUGAGGCAAAAAAUCGCUCUGUACUUACCGGCGAAGUGUGGAAAGAUGUUUUACAACUUGACAGAUUAAUUCGCGCUUUGAGCAUCAAUACCGCCGACACCUCUUCGAUAGGACGACAUCGUCGAACUUACUCCGAACUGUGUGCGCGAGAUAAUGGGCGUUGCUUCGUAAACGACUUCCUAGUGCCAUUAACGAAAAUGAUGCCCAUGCUAGAAUUUGGACCGCUAACACUCGACUAUCCGCUCCACGUUAUCACGAGAAAAAAUGGCCGAAGCUUCUAUAUACCUACGGGCGUUUUUUUUGGCGGUGCGAAUCUUUCCGAGGACGGAAGCAGUCUACGUUCAGCACAGGCACUCACACUAGUCUACUAUCUAGAAGCAGAAUCUGAUGCUAGCAAGUUCAGAGCGCGCCAGUGGGAAUCUGCCUUCGUUGAUCUGCUCAGCGAGAUGCGUCUACCCAACGUACGAACGUAUUUCUUCACCUCACGAAGUCUCGCCGCAGAGCUAGAGCGGAACAUGCUCUCGGUAGCGCCCUUGCUCCCUAUAACAAUUGUUCUUAUGCUGGCGUUCACAAUGGUAUCUUGCUCAAUGACAGGUGGCUGUGAAUGGUAUAUGGCCAAACCAUGGGUUGGAUUUUUUUCCUGCGUCACCGUCCUCUUAUCUGUUGGGGCUGCAACUGGUUGUAUGGCCUUGGCAGGGGUUCCACUUAUUGGAAUAGAUCUCGCUGCGCCCUUUUUAAUGCUCGGUAUCGGUUUGGAUGACACUUUUGUAAUGCUAUCGGCCUGGAAGCAUACGAAACCUUCUUUAAGCGUACCGGACCGUACUGCGCAAAUGUUUGGUGAAGCCGGUGUAUCCAUUACGAUUACAUCGAUCACCAACGUCAUCUCAUUUGUCAUCGGAGCGUACAGUCCUUUCCCAUCGGUGUACAUGUUCUGCGUGUACACGGCUGUCUGUGCAGCGUGUACCUAUCUCCUACAACUUUUGUUACUAGGCGCGCUGAUUGCAGUGUUCGGCUAUUGUGAAUCUUUUCGCCUGCACGGUUUAUUCUUGUAUCGGCUACCGGAAGAUACGAAAAGAAAUAAAAAAUUAGGGAUCACCGGCAGCCGCAAUAGCACUAGUAGCAGCACAAGCGAUAAGCAAUAUAGCAGUCAAUUGCUAAUUAAACAAGAUAAUUACUGUAUCUUCCGCGAUCGUGUCGCACCAUUUCUGUCUCGUCGUCCAGUGAAACGUUUCGUUGUGGUACUUUUCUUAUCCUACGCGUUCGUCGCUGCCUACGGAUGCUCGCAACUUAAAGAGGGUCUGGACAGAGCUCGGCUCACGUUAGAUGAUUCAUAUGCGAAGGAUUUCUUUAUCGCGGACGAUAAGUAUUUCAAAAGUUACCCCUACCGCGUCCAGGUCGUGUUUAACCGGCCACUGAACUAUACGUUAGCUGAGGUCGCAGAAUUAGCCCCAGUUAUCGAGGACUUCGAGUCAUCGUCCUACGUGCGUAAUCGUGCCCUAACGGAGUGCUGGUUCCGGGAAAGCGCCAAUACCACGAGGCUUCGAGAGUACCUUGGAGUUCUUUCCCGCCGCGCCAAACUCGGCAGUCUAGCAGAUUACCUCGCUCCCGGAAUCUCUAUCAUUCGAAAGGAUGUCCGCUGGAAGAAUCAGAGCAUAGUUUCAUCUAGGUGUAUGCUUCAGGCUCGAGAUGUUCGUAGCAGCAACGAUGAGGCUGCUAUGAUGAUGGAGCUUCGAGAGAUUGCCGAUCGUCACUCGGCUUUCAACGUUACCGUGUUCCAUCCACUGUUCGUAUUCUUCGAUCAGUUCCUUCUAGUCCGCUCGACUACUGCCCAAUCCGUAGUAGUCGCUACCCUCGUCAUGAUCCUGGUCACAGUUUUACUCUUGCCGUCGGGCUGGGCGGUUGCAUGGAUGGCACUUACAAUCGCUUCGAUCGAGCUCGGUGUUCUCGGCUUCAUGACUCUGUGGGGCGUCAACCUCGACUCGAUUUCGAUGAUCAAUCUGAUUAUGUGUAUCGGCUUUUCUGUUGACUAUUCAGCGCAUAUAGCACAUGCGUUUCUUACCGGACGCGCUCCAACUCCUGAGGGGCGUGUUGCUGAAACGUUGUCAGCGCUGGGCGUACCAGUCGUCCAGGGUGCCUUGUCAACCCUGCUCGGUAUCAUCAUUCUGGCCGCUGCACCGUCCUAUAUCUUUCUCACCUUUUUUAAGACAGUCUUCCUGGUUAUUGUGCUCGGAGCGCUACACGCACUUAUAUUUUUACCGGUUUUCCUAUCGGCAACGUUCAAGCAAAAGAAGGAAAUUAUUGAGAAUAACGUCGUCUAGAAGGUCGAGUCCCAAUAGUCGAGCCAAUUUGCCGUAUCGCAAAUAGACGGAUGCUUCCGUAAUUUUCUUUCUAAAUGUUCAAUUCAAACAAAAACCAUUUAGAAUCGUUCAAAGAUUUGGAAAAUGUUGGAUCCUUCCGAAGUUUUCCACCAGAGUCCUUUUUAGACGGCAGUUGUUAAAUCAUCUUCUUUCAAAUGCUCUACACAUCGCAAAUUUAGAGAUUCGUCUGAUUAAAAUUCAAUAUUGAGAGAUUCUAACAACUGCAAAAUCUCUCUUAUCAUCAAACGUGGAACCAAUAAGGUAAAAAAAUUCAAUAGCUUACUUGUAUAUAGAAAAAAAUGUCUAGAGUGGACAAUAGAUUAAGUUUGUUCCACUAAAUAAAUGUUUUGUCGUAGGUUCUAGUUGAUGAGUUCUAUAAACGUAGAGCAUUGCUCAUUUAUAAACAUUCUUCUCUUAUUGAAUGAUGUUGCAGUACGAGCACUGCAAUUCUUCGGCGAACAGUUGUAUAUAUCCGCAUGUUUAUCCUGACACACGCGUAUUGCGCUGAAACCUGUAUCAUAGAAAUGAUUUUGUAAU